AUGCCAACGCGGAGAAACGCCACUGAAGAAGGAGAUUCUCAAAAGAAGCAUGUUCCUAAAGAAGAGUCUAAUGUUAGAGUUUAUGAUGAAUUAAUUGCUAAUUCUACUAAAAAAAACUUCAGUAACACAUCUGAUAACAGACAAGCAAAAGAAACCACUGGAAACGAGGAAACUACAGAGACCACCGAAGAAGAAAGAAGAUUGAAAAGCAGAACUCAUUGCUCAAAUCUUCCUCAGCACAAGAAUCUAGAAAAUUUAUGUUCAGAAAUCAAUGGAGAUGCCCUUCUCUACUCUAUGUUCAGAUUCAACACACCUGCCGUGCCGUGUCCUUUCAAGGGAUCCUACGUCUUCAGCUAUAGCAGGGGUCACGGGGAAUGCGCCUACCCAGAGUCCACUGUAGAUUCCUGCACCGACGAUUCUCAUCUCCUACUCAGGUUUCAGGCAUGCGCAGAUGUAAUCGGCUCCGAGAGCAGAACGGAGGAGCUCGUAUGUUUGGCAACGUGGAAGGAAGGCUCGACGCGCUACCUGGUGGGCAAACUGGAGCACCGCGUGGCCAAAGCCGAUGAAGAUAAAUUCAGGUGUUUCGUGUACGAGCAGACGGAAGACGGCAAUGGGUAUUUGGUCGCUCAGUCCGGGGAUGCCACGUGUGAUGGACUCUUUACUCCUUUGGAAGGUUCUAGAACCAUGCGUCUCAUGAAAGCAAACCACCCUCACUCUCGAUGCCAUUAUCCUAGCUGGUUCACAGAGUUCCGGCACUGGAGAGGUUUGGAUGGACGCCUUGCCUACGACAUAAGCCACAAGAAUGGUUCCUACCGAGUAUCCAACGCUACUACGGGAGAUGUCGUUAUGAGGGUCGUGUGCACAGAAGUGACCCACGCUAUCUAUUCCUCACUCGCACCUCCCAGCACCACCGCACCCUCUGUUGGCGGAGUGUACGCACAGUAUGUCGUCCACGUUACGUAUGGAUGCAACAGCGGCUACACGUGUCUGAGGAUUCACAAAAGAGCGCCACACGUCGUCGAACUCCAGAUGAAGAAGCACCUUUCACCGCUGGCCACCGAAGCAUGCAUGGGAAUCAACUUCGAUAUGAACCAAUCAGAAAUCGUAACGCUCACCACUCAAUCGUAUGGUUCUCUGGAAUGUCCCCUUGCGGGAAUCUACUCUCUGGAAGGAAAUUCUCGCCAUCUUUCCCGUCUCAUCUCGCUGGAAGCCGAAGAGCAUUGGCCUUGCAUUGGAUCGACGACUUUGACCUCUGGUUGUUCGGCAGUGGACAAGAUGGAAUUGCUUCAAGAAUGUGCUGCAGAGAAAAAGGCUAAAUCUUUUCAGUGUAGGGGUAGCUGGGAGGAGAAUGGAACUAGUUACGUCAUCGCCACUGCUGUCGGUACGAGGAAACACCUCUGUCUGGCGUACACUGAGAGCGACCGAAUCCUCCACUUUUCUGGAAGCAGUGAGGCUUGCCUGAGGAAUAUACAAGUGGGUCGCGAAGGCCCUAUUGCCAUCAAUGGAACGAGUAAAGGGUUUUGUCCGACAACAAAUGCCGCUCCUCACACUACACCUUACAGCGACGUCCUACUCUGCCUACUCAUCGCAAUUGGAGUGUUAUUCAGCUUUCGGUGAUGUCUCGGAAAAUUUAUUUUCACAUCUGUACAAUCGAAUUUCAAGCGCAGGAACCGGAUUCACAGACUGUUUAUAAAAUCUGAAUUAUCCACGUUGUGGCUCGUCGAACCUGAAACUCUCUUGUUCUCGACGAGAAAAAUCCAAUUUUUUGCUCAGAAAUGAAAAAAAAAAGAAGCCUUCGAAAUAAACAAUUUGUGGACAGUUUUUUGUAUGCAAAGUCCUGCUGUCUCAAUUAUUGUUAUAUAAUUACUAUUAUGAUAUAUAAGGGAAUUUUCUCUGUUGUUUAUUAUGGAAGUGAAGUUGUUAUAUGAAGCCUUUGCAUCAUAUCGCAAAAUAAAAUUUGUGUGUGUGUGUGUUGAAGGUGUGGAGGAAUUCCUGUCAGAAAACUGCCUCUCCCUUUGACGUUUUAUGGACUUCUUUUUUAAAUUGCACUGACGUGUUUCUAUGUUGCCUGUAAUGUGACAGUCCAAAAGAAAUCUAGAUCGGUCAAGUAAAACAAAAAGUUUAAGGGGAUAGGUAAAGGAUUUGAGUUCAUUACAUCAACACAUAUUUUUGCCAUUGUAUUAGUUAUUUUGACCAUAAGAUUUGAAGUGAUAUUAAAAAAUGGAUUACUGUUAAAUGUUAUAUUUAUGAAUAUUUUAAUUGGAUUUUACAUUAAACAUAAAUCGCCUUUUUAGGAGAUAGAAUAAUUUAGACAUCAAAAUAUUAUAUCAUGAAUUACAGAGUAGUUUCAAAAAUAAAGUUUUCUAAUGAAAUGAUGAAUGGUAUGCCUUUUAUGCAUAAAUUUGAAAAAAAUACCUAUCAGAAUUUCCUAUUUAAAAUUGCAUUCAAAUUUUAAAGUACAUAAAAAUUAUUCUUAUUUUCAAAGAAAACUUAAGUACACUUUUCAAUCGAGACAAUAUAUACAGGAAAAAUAACUUGAGGCCUUUGUUUAAUUUGAAGUGUUAAAUGUAAGAAUUAAUUUAUGAGCAGUUCACUCUUUCUGAAGAGGCAGCAUAAUGUAAAAAGUUGUAAAUUUCUAAUGCAAAAAUUUUGUAGUUCUUCAUAUUAAAAAAUUUAAUAUAUUUCAUUAAAAUUCAGAAGGUGGCUUUUUUUGAUUAAUUGUGUUAUUUCCCUAUUGCAUUCCUAUUGUUCUGCAGCUAGAUUUAUUAUUUUAAAAUAAUAUUUCAAAUAAAACUUCAACUAUAUAAAAUAAUACUGAUUUCUCUUUCUGGCAUAUUUAUUUAAUUCUUAUACUAUAUAAAUUAAGAAACCCUGAUUGAAAUUAUUUUUUGUUAGGAAUUUGGUUCUUUUUAAAGAAAGAAAAUAUUUAAACACUAAAUUAUUAUUUUUAUUAAGAUAAUUCUCAAAUCAUUGAGAACCGAUUUCAUUUAAUGGAAUUAUAUUUGUUAUGAAUUUAGGCUUUGUAAAAAAUUAAUAUAAACAUAAUAAUGUUAAAAUUUAUAAAUUUUUAAUAACACAUUGCUCAAUCUAAUGUUGAUGCAUAACAAAUUCUUAAAACCUAUUUUGAUACUUUGUCCAGAUGCACUUUUAUCCUUUUUCUGAAUUAAACUCAAACUCCUUAAGAUAUUUUAAUUUUGGUGCAGUAUGUGGUUCUUUAUAUGUUUUAGAGAUUUAGCUAAAAGUCUUUAGAAUAAGAAUUAUGUUUUCAUUCACUGUUUUAGUUUAAGAAGAUUACAUAAAUGAAAUAUUUGAAAGAAUUUUGUAAGAAUUUGAAUUGACUUUUCAGCUUCACUGAGUAUAUUCUGUUAAUUAGUUAUGAAAAUACAGUUUUGUAGUAUUUUUGAGAGUUUUGAAUGAAUAAGUUAUUCCAUACUUUAAAAAGGAAUUUGCCUGUUUUGUAGUUUAAUGUAUUAAUUGUGUUAUAUAUAUAGUAUUUGAUAUUUUUGAUUACAAAUGGCAAAGGAGUUUUCAAAUAUAGUAAUUAAUCUCUUACUUCUUUUGUAGAUUUAAAAUAUACUAUUUGUAAAUAGAAUGUUUCUACAUUAUAAACCUAUUCCUACAUGAGUUGUAAAAAAUGAAUGAAUUAAUAUUUGUUUCCAUUCCGCAUGUUUGUAAAAAAUGCUGUCUUCGUUCUGUUCCAUAAAAUUCUUUUAUUUUUUGAAAUAAUGAAUUUAGAAACUUCGAAUUUCAUCUGAAUGUCUUUGUAUGUUAAACUAGGUGCUGUAAGAAAAGUUUAUGGUAAAGUGUUUCGGCUUAAAAAAGAGAUAAACUUGAAUAAAACAUGUAGUUGCUUCAAAUAUAAUUUUUAAAAAAAUAAAAUAAAUGAAGAAGUUUUCUGUUUUUGCUUGUGUUCUGAUGUUACAGUUAAAAUACGAUUGAUAACUAUUUAAAAACAUUUUACCAUAAACCUUUCUAUGUACAGUACUGUUAAACAAAUAACAAACAAGCCUCUAGGUAAAGGGGAGUCGGUACCCAAAACGAAAUGUUUACUGAAAGAUAAUAUAGAAGUGUCUUAUUUACAAGGAAGAGUUCAGAAUUUGUUUCUUUUACCACGACCAUUUCUCAACCGAGAGAUUUAGAUGUAAUAUAGAAAUAUACUGUAUGUAAUUCCCCAGCAGAAACGUUAGCUUAUUUUCUCUAUAUAAAGCGAACGAAGUUUUAAAAAAUAAUUUUUAUUGUUUUAACAAUUUUUGCCAACUGUGUAAUUCGACUGAACAAAAGUUAGCUGAAAUUCUUCCAUAGAAAGUAAAUUAUUUUUUUAAAAAAUCAGAUUCAAUAUAUCGUAUAAUUUAUACCAUUUGUAAUUCGACAGACCAAAGGCUAGCUGAAAUAUUUCUAUAGAAGGUAAAUUAAAUUACUAAAACAUCAAAUUUUGUACUUUUUGUAAUUUAUCGCGAUUGUAAUUCGACAGAACGAGGCUAGCUAAAAUAUUUCCAUAAGACAUAAAUUGAUUUUUAAAGCAUCAAUUUCUAUUCUUAUAAUUUAUAUCGAUUGUAAUUCGAUAAAACUAAGUUUAGUUAAAAGUUUUGCGUAGAAUGUAAAUUAAAAUUUUAAAACAUCAACUUCAGUAUUUCUUAUAAUAUAUACCGGUUGUUUUUCGACAGAACAAAGUCUAGCUGAAAUAUUUCUAUGGUAGGUAAAUUUUUAAAACAUCAAAUUCUGUACUUUUUAUAAUUUAUGUCAAGUGUAAUUCAAAAGAACAAAGGCUAGCUGAAAUAUUUCCAAGGAACGUAAAUUAAUUUUUAAACAUGCAAUUCUAUACUUCGUAUAAUUUAUACCAAUUAUAGUUCGACAGAUAAAUCAUCUGAAAUUUUUUUGCGUAGAAAAUAAAUGAAUUUUCAAUGUAUCAAAUCCUACUUUUUAAUAAUAUGUCAUCAUCCCCCUCAAAAAAAGAGUUAAAGGAUUUUAAAUUAAAAUUCUGUCCUAAUUCCAUACUAUCCAAGUCUAUACUUUUUUUAGGAAAAUUAAAUCCAUGUUCUUAUAUAUUUCCAUAUAAUUAAGAAAUUUAACUGGACACUUGAGUAAAUGUGGAAAAGUCCUUUUAAAUUUUGGGUACCGAAUCUCUGUAUUAUUUUACUCCUACAUCUUAUUAUCUGAUGUGCAUAUGUGUGUAAAAUAUUAAAAGAAAACAACAAAUUAUCGUGCAACGUUAUCUAGUUGCCGAAACAGUUUCGUAUCAAUUGGUGCCUUGAACUUGCCUGACUGUCUUGUCUGUCUGUCCGUCUCAGGCUGUAUUUUUCUCCUUAAAUAUAAAAAUAUAUUCUCUGUUUUCUCGCGUACUUUACUGAACGCACGAAUUGUGAUAGAGGUCUCUGGCCUGACCAGGGGGGUUGGUGAGAAUUCUCUUACGUAUGUAAGCCCUCCCGAGGUCUUUCUCUUUCUCGCUAGAGAUGAAGAAUAUAAUAAAUAAGCGUAGCAAAACAAAAA